UUAAUUAAAUUCAAUUAUGUUAUUAAAAUAAUUUUCCUACUUGUUGGUGGAAAUUGGCAAAGCAAAGUAAACCAUCCGACUGAGAGCUUUCUAACCUAAUUUCUGUAUUACACUAGUAGCGUAGGGGUUUAAGUUAAGUAUGGGGAUGGCAGCGUGGCAGCUGUAUAUUUACAUAUUGCCUUAAUGCAAAGUGGCAGAGUAUUUUAUUGUGGCUUGUUCUUUGGAGAUAACACAUCUCUUUUGUAUUGGCACAAUGAGGCCGUGUGUCUGUGUGAAAGAAAUUCAUGCAACCCCAACACUAUAGUGUUCAUGCAACCCCAACACUAUAGUGUUCAUGCAACCCCACACGGCAACAUAUGUGAAGGCGAUGUAUGUGAUUUAGGUUUAAAACACUUUAGGUUUAAAAAGAAAAAUCUCCGUUGUGUUUGCUAAUGUAUUUCUGGACAUUUUCAAUGAAAAAUUAUUUCAGCCAUGACACAACUUUAGGUUGUGGUUAGCUGCUUUACACUAUAGUAAAUAGGUCCAAGCUAUAGAAGUAUUUACUUCUCAGCUAGACAUACAUAGUGUAAUAUGUUAAAUAUUAAGUUAAAUAAUUAACUCAAUAUAUUAUAAACUGAGUGAUAGAAAAUGAUGCAUAAUUAGAAAAUAAUCACUGGCAGUUAGUACUACUGUAUGUAUAAAAGAAAACAAAAAGGAAUGAUGUGCUUUCUGUGUGUAUGUAGUAAACCAAAGCUGCACUUUCAUUCCUGAUAUUUUGAGCUGGAUCUCUAUAUUCAUAUUCUUUAAGAGCAGUAUUCCCCCCCCCACCCCCAUGUUUUUUAUUCUUUUUUAUUAUGCUUCUCUGUAGAAAAAUUAUUGAUUACAUUAUUUGUACGCAUACAUGCAUACUGGAUUUACUCAGCAUUUGUGUGUAAUAUGUGGUGCUUUGACUAAACCUUUACUUGAUUCUUAUUUGACAGCUUAAGGCUCAUUUUCGUCUGCUUUUUAAUAUCCACCACAAAUGAAUGAAUUACUUUUAAUAUUUCUGGAAGCAUUAUCCUUGAAACUCUUUAGAAGACCACAAAAACAGCUGCACUCUGGUUUACUCAGGGCAGUGGAGGUGGCAUGUCGCAGCCCCGUUGCAUGCUGGGUCAGCUCCAUGCUCUACUGCUUCGGAGGGGCCAUUCUCUCUGCAGUGCUGCUCGCAGAACCACCUGUAGAACCAUUUUCUAACAACAGCCAUGUGUUGGUGGCCUCCCUGAUCUGGUACUUGAUGUUCUACUGCCCCCAGGAUCUAGUCUACAGCUGUACUUCCCUCCUACCUGUGCGAUUAGUUUUGUCUGGGAUGAAGGAGGUCACUCGUACAUGGAAGGUUCUGGGAGGGGUUGUACAAGCCCAGAAGAAGUAUCAGAAUAGCUUGCUAGUAAUGAUUGUGGUUGGCUGGGCCAAAGGGUCAGGCCAUGGGCUGAUCAGUAACUUUGAGCAGUUGGUUCGUGGAGUAUGGAGGCCUGAGACCAAUGAGCUUCUCAAAAUGUCAUAUGCCACUAAGGUCACCUUGAUAGGAGCCAUCGUCUUCUCAAUGCAGCAGAGUCACAUCCUCCCAGUGCAAAAGCAUCAGCUGAUGUUUCUCUAUACCCUCUUCCUGGUCAUCAACAAGGUGAGGAUGAUGUUGACUGCUCCGUCUUUCCCGUUCGCCCCUGUGGAGACGGCCAUUUAUCGUGUGCUCUUUGGGAUGGAGUCGACACAUUCCCCCUCCGCAAAUGAGGCCGAUGUGUCUGUCACGUCGCCCCCGGAGACCUGUACUGCAGCCGCAGAGGCCAUCAAACCUGCCUCUCCGAGGCACAAUGGCUCUGUGUGCUGCGACGCGGAACAAAACGCAGCCCCUUCUGCGGAAGCGGACGUAGACUGUUCACUGAAACUGGCGGCCAGGGAUGAUCAACAGACAGCUGCAGAGCGGAUAAGGACUGAUUAAUGAACACCCUGCGCAACUUUUUCCAUGUUCUCCUUAAUGCAAGCUGAAUGUAGCAUGAUUCAUUAUAUGAGCGGUAUAUUUUCAUAUUUAUUGAGGUUGAUAGUCAUUUUCUAAACAAUGUCACUGGUUUUCAGGUGUUUUUAUUACAAUAUGACAUGCAGAACUGGGAAUGUCUUGUGGCAGGUUUUUAUCUGGUAGUUUUGUUAUUUAAUCACAUAAUUUUAAUAAAUUUUAAAAUACUACAUAUUUUACAUUUGUUCAGGAAAGAGGUAAACCUCCAUUCUCUUACAUUUGUUAUAUGUAAUAGAAAAAGACGUUUCACUUUAAUUUUUGCUCCUGGUUAAUUGUACUUAUCCUAGCUCAUUUUUAAAGGGGACCUCACCAAUGAAUGUGGAAGCAUUUUGUGCUCUCUCUAUUAAAUAUUUCCAAAAAAGUA